AUGACACAUACAUUAAAACAAAUCAAAAAAGAUCCUACAGUUUGCUUGGGAGCGGGGGAGGAUUUCGAAGAAUGUGGCUCACAAUGUCCUCUUACAUGCGAUAAUUAUGAAAAUCCACCAAACUGUAGUUCAAUUUGCAAAUCAGGUUGUUUCUGCAGAAAAGGUUUAGUUAGAAAUGAUGAACAGGAAUGUGUAUUACCUACUUCUUGCAACAAGAUUGAAAAUCCGACAGUUUGUUCGACGGGAGAAGUUUUGGAUGAAUGUGGUUGUGAAUCAAAAUGUACUGGAAUACAAGGUCAAUAUGUCCGCGAAUGUCCUCCACGGUGUACUAUAUCCUGCGCCUGCAAGAAAGGUUUGGCUCGACACCCCAUAGAUGGCACUUGCAUUAGGAAGAGAAGUUGUCCAAAUGUUCAUCAAACGUUGAAAAAUGCAAUUUACAUUGCUCUUGGAGUUGAGGAUUUACGUAAAGUUCCUAAAUGUCCCUAUCCAAAAGAAAGUUACACUUUUUGUGGAUGGUCCUGUCCAGACACCUGCGAGAAUUAUGGAACGAAAAGAAAAUGCAAAUCAAAUUGCGUAAAGGGAUGUGUAUGUUACGAUGGCUACGUUAGAGAUUCAAGAAAUUUCCUCAAUCCUCGUUGCAUAUUGCCUGAAGAAUGCACAGAUCCUCCUGUAUGCGAUAGACCAGGAGAAGAAUAUAGCGACUGUGGAAGUAAGGAUUCUUGUCAACUCACCUGUAACAAUCUGGAUGAUCCACCUUCGUAUUGGUGCGACAUUUUCUGUCGAAAAGGUUGUUUUUGUAAAAGUGGUUAUGCUAGAAAUGAUAAUUGGAAUUGUAUUCCUGUUGAAAAAUGUCCUAAAAAAAUUGGGCCAGGUUAUAACUGCAGCCAACCCAACGAAUAUUAUAAUUCUUGUGGAUCGGCAUGUCCACCUACUUGUGAAAAUUAUGGUAAAAAUUUAAACUGUCCUAAAGUGUGUGUACAAGGAUGUUUCUGCAAAGAAGGUUAUGUGCGAGAUUUUCGAAAUUUAUGUAUCAAACCUGUUUAUUGCAGCAAUCCUACAGUUUGCUUGGGAGCGGGGGAGGAUUUCGAAGAAUGUGGCUCACAAUGUCCUCUUACAUGCGAUAAUUAUGAAAAUCCACCAAACUGUAGUUCAAUUUGCAAAUCAGGUUGUUUCUGCAGAAAAGGUUUAGUUAGAAAUGAUGAACAGGAAUGUGUAUUACCUACUUCUUGCAACAAGAUUGAAAAUCCGACAGUUUGUUCGACGGGAGAAGUUUUGGAUGAAUGUGGUUGUGAAUCAAAAUGUACUGGAAUACAAGGUCAAUAUGUCCGCGAAUGUCCUCCACGGUGUACUAUAUCCUGCGCCUGCAAGAAAGGUUUGGCUCGACACCCCAUAGAUGGCACUUGCAUUAGGAAGAGAAGUUGUCCAAAUGUUCAUCAAACGUUGAAAAAUGCAAUUUAGUCAUAAUUUAUUUGUAAAAUUUCUUAAUUAUA